AUGGCAAGCAACUUCAAUCUCGUCCGCGGUGCCCUGAAGAGGAACCCCCACCACCAACGCAAUGGCCUCAAGUCCUACGUCCACGCCAUGAAGAAGUGGAACUUUACCCCAACAAUCGAGGGACCAUACUGCGCGGUUCAGCAGGUCCAUCAGCAGGGACAGCAGGCGAUCUUCAAAUUGACCGGCAAGAAGAUGUGAGCGCCAUCAUCAACAAUCACCAAGAAUCCAAUGGCUGAUUUUCAUGCAGUGGUGGCCGCGCCCAUGUCAAGGGCCACGUCCUUGCCAAGAAGGACCCAACCAGCGGACAGACUGGUGAGGUCCCGGUAAGCAUUGCCCGCAUAUACAGCUCCAACGCCUCUCUGACAGCUCCCAGGCCGAAGACGUCGAGAACAAUGCCGAAUACCUCGCCACCGUUGGCAUCGGCACACCAGCUCAGAACCUCGCCCUCGACUUCGACACUGGCUCUGCCGACCUCUGGGUCUGGAGCACCGAGCUCUCUUCCUCCGUGAAGCAGGCAGGCAGCUCUCACACCAUCUUCGAUGCAUCCAAGUCUUCCACCUUCAAGAAGUCUUCCGCUUCGACUUGGCAGAUCCAGUACGGUGACGGUUCUACCGCUUCCGGAACCGUGGGCACCGACAACGUCAAUGCUGGCGGCUUGAUCGUCACCAACCAGGCCAUUGAAUUGGCCGACACUCUGAGCACCCAGUUUGCUCAAGGUCCCGGCGAUGGUUUGCUUGGUCUCGCCUUCGUAAGACGCUCCCUCAAACUAAGGAGUUGAGUCCACGAGCUAACCCCACACAGGGUUCCAUCAACACCGUCCAGCCCAAGGCAGUCAACACCCUCGUGGAGAACAUGAUCGCCGAAGACAGCAUCAAGAAGAACUCUGAGCUUUUCACAGCUUUCCUCGGCAGCACUCCCCCAGCAAGCGCCACUACUGGUAGCAGCAGCGGCAGCAGCGGCUCCUCUUCCAGCGCGGCAGAGAGCUUCUACACUUUCGGCUACAUCGACCAAGACGCCACCAACGGCCAAACACCCGCCUACACCGCCGUCGACAACUCGCAAGGCUUCUGGAUGUUCGACUCCGCCUCCGCCAAAGUCGGCUCCCAAACCGUCACCCGCUCCGGCAACACCGCCAUCGCCGACACCGGCACCACCCUCGCCCUCGUCGGCGACGACCUCUGCCAAGCAGUCUACUCCGCCAUCCCCGGCGCGAAACAGAACACCCAACAACAAGGCUGGGUCUUCCCCACUUCCACCGACCUCUCCUCCAUCCCCCAGAUCCAAGUCGCCGUGGGAGACGCCCUCUUCACCAUCAACCCCGAAGAACUCCCCUUCCAAGAUCUCGGCGACGGAACGUACUACGGCGGCAUCCAGUCCCGUGGCGAUCAGGGUUUUGAUAUUCUGGGUGACGUCUUCCUGCGCUCCGUGUACGCCAUCUUUGACCAGGGCAAUCUGCGCUUUGGCUGUACCCAGCGGGCUUCGACUGCGACUUCGUCGAGCUCUUAG